AUGAAACUUUUUGUCCAGAUAGUUGGUAUACAAACCAGCACAUACCAAGUUACUGAAACAGAUACUAUUGAAAAGGUUAAAGCUAAAAUUCAACAAAAGAAGGUACUCCAACAGAUCAACAAAUAUGGUCGUACUUUAGACUAA